AGCCCGGAUGCUAGGCUGGACUCCCUGUAAACGGGUGUCGGGGCUUUGAAAAUUAUAGCGAUUAUUAUGUUCAUUGUGGUUUUAUUUUUCCACAUCUGAAGCCUUACAAGGCGAUCGCUUCGUUUAGUUGAAUAGGAAACAGGCAAAGGGGUGGGCAGCGUCAAGUCUCACACAGCACGCUUUCCUUUUUGUGCGACAGGGAAUGAACGAGGAGCAAACAGCGGGUAACUGUAAGAACAACUCUGGUUGCCUCAGCCAUCAUCGGAUCCACAGAUCACUCCAUGGAAGACAAUCAUCCUCAGCUACGAGGGAUAGCCCAUGAUGAUGACAGUUGGAGCACUGGCAGUAUUGAUCAAAUGCUGGCUCUGAACCCUGGCAAGACCCCCAUCAGCUUGCUACAAGAGUAUGGAACGCGGAUAGGCAAGACACCGGUGUAUGAUCUGUUGAAGGCUGAGGGACAAGCACAUCAGCCCAACUUCACUUUCAGAGUGACUGUCGGGGAUAUCAGCUGUACAGGGCAGGGGCCCAGCAAGAAGGCUGCUAAACACAAAGCAGCAGAAGCGGUUCUUAAGCUGCUGAAAGGGGGCAAUAUGAUGGAUGGUCCAGUGGAUGGAAUAAGCUCACCGUUAGAGGCAAAAAUUUCCAGCUCUGCUCAGCAAGCUGAAUGCAAUCCAGUGGGAGCACUGCAGGAGCUGGUGGUACAGAAAGGAUGGCGCUUGCCGGAGUACACUGUUACUCAAGAGUCAGGACCUGCACACCGGAAGGAGUUCACUAUGACCUGCCGUGUGGAGCGAUUCGUUGAGAUAGGCAGCGGGACAUCCAAGAAGCUGGCAAAGCGGAAUGCUGCUGCCAAAAUGCUGGCGAGAAUUCAUGACGUUCCUGUUGAUCAGCGUAAUGGAAACGAGGCUGAUCCAGAUGACGACCAGUUCUGCAUUAACCAUAAUGCUAAAGCAGAAAGUGGAAAGUAUAAAAGUUUUGGCUGCACUUGGGACUCUCUACGUAACUCAGCAGGGGAAAAAAUACUGCACCUUAAAUCGAAUCCUCUGGGAAUGCCCAACUCAAAUUUCUGCUCCCUGCUGAAUGACCUCUCUGAAGAGCAGCGUUUUGACAUCAGCUACCUGGACAUUGAGGAGCGCAGUUUAAGUGGACUUUGUCAAUGCCUGGUGGAACUGUCUACGCAGCCCAUUACCGUCUGCCAUGGUUUUGCCCCCACCAAGGAUGCGGCACGUGCCAGUGCUGCCCACAAUGCACUGCAGUACCUGAAGAUCAUGGCAGGUGGCAAAUAAACUUUUCUUUGGUUGAGAUUUGUUGGAGGAGCUCAUUACAGAGGUGGCCAGUCAGCAACAUGACAUCAACGAAGAAAAGGGAGAGUUAUUUAUUUCAACAUAAACCCCAGGGUUUUGAGGCCUGGGGGGGACUUAAGUAUAUAUAUGUAAAUGUAUGAGUGUGUGUGGUGGAGUGGCAGGGAAUGACGUGGAUACUUGUGAAUGGUUCAGAGAGUGGACUUUUUCUUUGAGGAUACAGUUUGUCAUUACCUAACUUCAUUUUAUGAAUUCCUUCUGAGAUUCCUUAAUCAAAAUAAAAAAAAAAAAGUGUCAAGGUUUACUUUGGCAUACUGCUGACUACUUCAUGAUUUCUUUUUUUCCCCAGCCAUAUGUACAGAAAAUGUGGAAGUACAAUUAUCAUUAAUGUACAUAGUGAUCCACUUAUGAAUAAAAUUUUAUGAAUUUAAUAUUCUGUAUGAACAAUGAGGGUGGUUUUUUUUUUAUUUUGUAAAACUUAAAAAAGUUUUACUAUUAACACUGUCUAAGUCUGCCACAAGCUGCAUACCAUAUUAUUAUGUUUAAGAUGGAGCCAUUUUCAUAUAACAGAUGGUGUAGCCACAGUCAUAGCCCAUUCUCUUCAAUAUCGUUACAAUUCUCAACCGUGUUUAAAUGUUUUCCCUAUGUACAAGAAGGCAUUAUAUAUAUAUAUAAUGCAUAUAUUAUAUAUAUAUAUAUAUUUUUUUUUUUUGUCUGUAUCCUCAGAUUUGGAACUUUGCAUUAAAUUGUGUACAAGAAGAAAAGAAGAAAUGAGGUUUUUCAUAUGUAUAUUUUUUACCUUCUUACAACCACUUUAGCAUUUUUACAUUUUAUAAUAUGCCUAUACAUGUCCAUAUUUUUAUUUUUAAAUACUAGAAAUUGGUGUAAACAUUACAGCUUUGCUUAUUAUAAAAUGCCCAGGUGUACAAAGUCAAAAUAGCAGAAUACAGAUUUUAAAAGAAUUGCUGUUGACAUCUCCAUUUAGUUAAAAGUACACUGAAUGAAGUCCUGCUUAAAAAGCACUUCUCAUUUCACCUGUUAAUUUGUUUUAUAUUUUAAUACCGUGCUUUCUCAUCCAAUGUGAUGCCAGGUUUUAUUCUAAUCGGGAAGUUUUAUGUUUUUUACAGGUUGUGUCUGCAACUGAUGACCUGAUAUGAGAAAUAGUUGCUUGAGUGCCAAGUGUGCUAGGCAAGUGUUUUCGUUGGGAGGGAAUGGGCUUUGUUUACUUUUCAAAGGGUUGUUCACCAUUUAGUCUGCCUCUUUCACCCACCAGAUGAACAAAGUAUAUUUCUUGUGAUUUUGUAAAACAAAUGCAGAAGUAAACAUAUUGCACAAAGCAGUUCUUGUUUUUCUAAAAUAUAAAAAGAACCACCUUGUUAUCCAAUACUUUGCUUGUUUUGUUUUGUUAUAUGGAGAGGUCUGUUAAAGCAAAAAAUAUAAACUGACCACUAGGUGGUGUGCUUUUUCAACAAUUUGGUGGGUGAAUGAAUGGCUGUCAAGGAAGGGGCAUGUGCAUUAAGGUCCCUGUGCACAAAGGUUCACUCUUUUUCUACCUCUGUUAAAUAAUGUAAGUUUGUUUAUUUUUUAAUAAAGAUUACAAUAAGUAGA